AUGUUCAUGCACAUCAGGAAUUUUCAGCUGAGGACCCUAACUCUCAUUUCGUCAGCUAGAGGUGUCCGUCAGCAGAGUGUUCUGUCGGAUUCGCACACAGUAGACGUCCGAUCUCGUGGUCUCCUUGAUAUUGUCGAUCAUUCUACGGAGGCACAUCUCCCAGCCCUCGUCUCACAUGUGAACAUAAGUCCUUGGGCAUUCCCAUAUCUUCUCCUCCACCGUGCAGUCAUAGCUGAGGACUCGCAAUAUUCACCUGCGCUCGAUAUGACACCUUUCAGCUUGGAACCCAUUGAGCAAAAGCACGCUGAGACGAGCGACUCUGGGCCCGCCGUGGAGCACUCCAGUAUCAAUGCAGCGGACUGUGACUUCGACGAUGUGCCAGACGGUGGUAUGUGGGCUUACAUGGCUAUCCUUGGAGGAUGGCUGGUAGAAUUCACUACUUUCGGUUACUCCACGUCGUUUGGCAUAUUCCAGGACUACUAUACUGUCACCUCGUCUUCGUCCUCGUCCAAUAUCAGCUGGAUCGGGUCUAUUCAACUUUUCCUGUUUUCUGCUGGUGGCUUACCUGCGGGUUGGCUAUUCGACGCAGGGUACUCUCGAUACAUCUUCAUAUCGGGGUCCUUGCUCUUCUCGUUCUGCAUAUUCAUGCUCUCUUUAGCCAACCCACACCAAUACUACCAGCUCCUUCUGUCCCAAGCCAUCGGCAUGGGAAUCGGAGGAGGUUUUCUCCUCACUCCGGCAUGCUCCAUUCAGUCGCACUACUGGCGCAAGUAUCGGGCCAUUGCGUUAGGUGUAGUUCAGACAGGCAAGUUGCUGUCCAUUUAUUGCUGUGAUUGCCGUUCAUCAUGCCUGCUAGGAUCUUCAUGCGGGAGUAUCGUCUUCCCCAUCAUGCUGAAUCGUUUGUUCUAUGGGCGCGCGGGCUUUGCGUGGGGCGUGCGCGCUACAGCAUUCCUCACGCUUGGUCUGCUCCUAAUUGCGUGCUGCUUAUUGCGUCCCCGUCGUUCUUCGCGAGCGAAGCACCGGAAACAAGGUGCUUUGCCUCCAAUCAAGCCCGUUAUCAUGGAUGUUCCCUAUGUACUAACGAUCGUCGCCCUCUGGCUUGUCAAUUGGGGUCUGUACUUCCCAUAUUUCUACCAGCAGACUUGGGUUAGGGAACACGGUCUUUCAGAUACACUCGCCUUCUAUACCAUCGCUAUCUUGAACGCAGGCUCUGUGUUCGGACGAGUCAUUCCCAGCAUCGCUGCGGACUACAUGGGACAGCUUAACGUCAUUGGACCAAUCGCACUCAUCUGCAGUGCACUUAUAUUCGCUCUGUUUGGUGCUGUCCGUGCGGCACCCGUUGUCGUCUGGACGGUAUUGUAUGGAUUCUUCAGCGGCUCCUGUCUGUCAUUAUUCCCUUCGGUUUUCGCGUACCUGGCGAAUGACACGGGCGAGGUCGGGUAA